AUGUCUGUCAUAAGAGACAUUCGAAACAUCUUUUCCUCUUCGUACGGCGCCCACCGGCCCGACUUCUUCUUCUGGUACCCGAAGAACACACCGAUCAGCGAGAAGAAGCUCCUCUUCAAGAUCGACUUCUUCAUCCUGACAUACGGAUGUCUCUCCUACCUGGCAAAAUGGCUGGACCAGUCUGCCCUGAGCAAUGCCUUUGUCAGCGGCAUGCGCGAGGACCUCGAGAUGUUCGGGACCGAGUUCAACACGGCGCAGACCAUGUUCCUGGUCGGCCAGAUCAUCGGCCCCAUCCCGUCCAACAUCUUCUUGACCUGGUUCCCUCCGCGAUACUACCUUCCUGGCAUGGAGUUCAUGUGGGGUGUGUUGACCAUCGCGUCCUACAGCAUAAAGAACAUCCCGACUCUUUAUGCUCUCCGUUUUCUGACCGGCCUCUGCACCGGAAGUAGCUUUGUUGGCAUUCAGUAUAUUCUGGGAUCGUGGUACAAGCGAACAGAGCUGGGCAAGAGAACGGCCAUCUUUGCAUGUGCUGCAUAUGUCGGCACUAUGUUCAGUGGAUACAUCCAGUCGGGUGUCUUGAAGAGCCUGAACGGCAGAAACGGCCUCCAAGCCUGGAGAUGGGUGUUCAUCAUUGACGGCCUCAUCACGGUUGUCAUCGCCGCUUACGGAGUCAUCUUCUUCCCAGACACGCCGCACAAGACCAAGGCCUUCUAUUUCUCUGAUGAGGAAAAGCGCCGUUGUGUCGAGCGUCUGCAGGAGGACAACCGAGAGGAGACGAGCAAAUUCGACUGGAGUUUAUUUCCUCGAACGCUCAAGACUUGGCAUCUCUACGUCUUUGUCGUUCUAUUCAUGCUUUGGCAAUCGACUCCUGGAAUCGUAGGAAAUAAUGUCUUCCAACUGUACCUGAAAAACGACCCCAACCGGAAAUGGAGCGUUUAUGAUGUGAACAACAUCCCCACGUCAAUCAACGGCAUGAACAUCAUCAUGUUGCUGGCACUGAACACAUAUGUCGACGCCACCGGCCGCCGCAUGGUAGCCGUGGCGAUCAACCUAUGCGUCCAGAUCUUUGGCACCAUCUGCCUCAUCAUCUGGGAUAUUCCCUUUGGUCUGCACGUCUUUGCCUACAUGACCGCCGCGUGUGACGGGCCCUUGUCGCCGAUCUACUUUUCGUGGGCCAACAUCUUGACCGCCGGAGACACCCAGGUCCGCGCCGUCACUCUGGCCUGCAUGAACGCCUUCGGUUCCGCGAUGGGCGCGAUCAUCCAGCAGUUCGCCUAUCCGGUCACGACCGCCCCCAAGUUCCACAAGGGUUUCUGCGUCAGCCUGGGUACUCUGGCGUUCGCGUUCUUCUGGACGUCCAUGAUUCGUGUCCUGGAGAUGCGCGAGGUUCGGAAGCAGGACCAGGAGCUGGCGAUGAUCACGGACGCUGCUGCUGCUGAUAAGGUAGCUGACGACAAAGAUCCCGUGGACGUGACUGCUGACCAGAAGUCCACGCUCCCUGGCACGGACACAAGCGCAAUUAGACUUCAUAUUCGACCACUCGAGGACCCUAAUCUCACCGCCACUACCGUCCUGACAUCGACUGGACCCCCAGCAGCAGCCCCAUUAGCCAUGUCGGUGACGCAGACAACGGCGGCCCCACAGGUCACGCAGCUCCGCCUGUCCUCGGGGAACGGCCCCGUGUUCCGCACGGUCCUCAAGACCCCGCUCCGGGACGCGGACCCCUCAGAGAUCCCCGUCAUCGACGUCUCGGGCAUCUUCAGCGACCGGCUCGAGGACCGGCUCGCCGUCGCGCGCGCCGUGCACGACGCCGCCGCCAACAUCGGCUUCUUCUACAUCAAGAACCACGGCGUGCCGGCGGACGUGACCGACGCCGCCCACGCGGCCUCGCUCGACUUCUUCCGGCAGCCGGCCGAGGCCAAGCUGCGCGCCGAUUCGGAGCUCUCGCGCUUCAUCAACGGGUACAAGGGCCCGCGGACGCAGCGUAUCAACCCGACCGAGUCCGUGGACGUGCGCGAGACCUUCUCGUGGCGGUACGACCCGUCGCUCGACCCGGCGGCGGCCGACGCGGCCGCCAUCCCGCCCGAGAUCGCGGCGCAUCUGAAGUACGAGGACUUCCCCUGGCGGGCGACGGACAACCUGCCGCACUUCCGGGAGGCGCUGGUCCGGUACUGGCAGGCGUGCCUGGGCUUGGGGCGGGCGCUGGUGCGCACGUUCGCGCUGUCGCUGUCGCUGCCCGAGGACGCGUGGGACGCCAAGUUCUCGCACCCGGACGCGGCGUUCGCGAUCAACUACUACCCGCCCAUCGACGUGCCUCCCGCGGACAAGGAGGGAGAGGACGGCACGCAGGAGGUGUCGAUAGGGUCUCACACGGAUUUCCAAUUGUUUACUGUGCUGUGGCAGGACAUGAACGGCGGGCUGCAGGUGCUGAACAAGCAGGGGCAGUGGAUUCGGGCGACGCCGAUCCCGGGGACGUUCGUGGUCAACAUCGCCGACUACCUGCAGCGGAUCACGAACGACAAGUACGUGAGCACGGUGCACAGGGUGCAGAACAGGAGCGGCAAGGAGCGGAUCAGUAUGCCGUUCUUCUUCGGCUUCAAUCUCAACGAGAGCUGCGGCGUGCUCGACAGCUGCGUGGGCGAGGGCGAGGUCAAGAAGUACGAGGAGAUCAGCUGCCAGGACUGGGUGCAGAAGCGGGCGGAGGAGAUGCACAAGACGGAUGGAGAGGGCCAGAAAAGUUAA